CGGCAAGAUCCCGCCUCAGACCUCGGAAAGAUGGAGAGCGUGCACGUCGUUGUGCGAUGUCGUCCCAUGAACACCCGGGAGAAGACAUUGAAAUGCCAGUCCAUCGUGAAAAUGGAUAGCGCAAACGCGCAGUGUACAUUGACGAACCCCGCAGAGCCCGAUUCCCCGGCAAAAUGCUUCAGUUUCGACGGCGCGUAUGGAGAUAACUCGACGACGGAACAAAUAUACAACGACAUCGUGUUCCCAAUCGUUGAGAGUGUCACCGAGGGAUACAAUGGAACGGUUUUCGCUUAUGGUCAAACGGGAUGUGGCAAAUCCUUCUCAAUGCAAGGCGUAGCGAGCCCAGCAACUCAGAGAGGAGUUAUUCCUCGGUCAUUCGAACAUAUAUUCGAAGCGAUAGCAGCCGCCUCAAACACAAAAUAUCUGGUCAAUGCUUCGUACCUCGAGAUCUAUAAUGAGGAAAUCAGAGAUCUGCUAUCGAAUGACCCGAAGAAGAAAUGCGACAUGAAGGAACGUCCAGACACCGGCGUAUACAUUCCGGGCCUCUCCCUGCAUACCGUGAACAGCGUAUCCGAGUGCGAAACCGUCAUGGAGCAGGGCUGGAAAAACCGCUCCGUAGGAGCUACACUGAUGAACGCGGACUCCUCCCGGAGCCACUCGAUUUUCACGAUUCACGUUGAACAAAUGGAGACAUCUGGCGGGAAACACAUCAAGAAGGGGAAACUCAAUCUGGUUGAUCUAGCCGGAAGCGAACGGCAGUGUAAAACCGGAGCCACGGGCGACCGGCUCAAAGAAGCGACGAAGAUCAAUCUGAGUCUGAGUGCCUUGGGCAAUGUCAUCUCGGCUCUUGUCGAUGGAAAGUCGAAACAUAUUCCAUACAGAGACUCAAAGCUCACGAGACUUCUCCAGGAUUCCUUGGGGGGAAACACGAAGACGUUGAUGGUCGCAUGCUUGUCCCCUGCUGAUAACAAUUACGACGAGACGCUCAGCACACUCAGAUACGCGAACCGUGCCAAAAACAUCAAGAACAAACCGAAAGUAAACGAAGACCCGAAAGACGCUUUGCUCCGAGAGUAUAAAGAGGAACUCGAGCGGCUCAAGAAAUUGCUCGUGGAUCAGGUCGCGUCGAAACCACCUUCGCGACCUCCGUCGGAAUCAAAGGAGAAUCUUCCGAAUAACGCGAAAGGUAGGACGAAGCCCCGGAAGGAACGACUUACCCAUAAGGAUGAGUGAAGAAAGAAAGACGAGAAGGUAACAACUCAAAUCGAAGUCCUCAAGCAACAGUGCGAGCAGGAGAAGUUGGCCAAGAACAAGCUCCUCGAAGAUAUGAAUCACCUCAAAGAAUUCUAUGAGCGUAAGCUACAAGAAAAAGACGAUACCGGCAAUGUCAGGGACAGCCCUGAAAUCAAGCAUGUGAUCCAGGAUGCGGCUGGCGUUGAGAAGAUCGAAGACGAGCCCGGUCUGAUGGAACAAAUGCAAAGUACCGCGCUCCAAAGACUCCAGGAACUCCAGAGUAAGAUUGUCGGUGGCGAGAAAGCUCACGACGUCGAACUCAAGAAGCAGCGAGAGAAACGGAAGAAUUACGCCGAGAAGAGAAUCCGCGCAAUGGCCGAAGUCUUGGCCCGAAUCGACGGUACCGAGGACAAUAAUUUGCCCGAUUACGAGGACAUGAACGCUCAGCUCGAAACGAAGACAGCUUCGCUGAAGAAGGCGAAGAAGAAGGUACAGAGUCUGGAAGCCGAAAUUCGGGACCUGCAGAGCGAGUUCGAGAGAGAACGUACCGACUACUUGGACACCAUCCGUCGGCAAGAGAAACAGAUGAAGCUGCAGAUGAGAAUCUUAGAGAAAGUGCAAAACUGCAUCCGGAGAGAUUGCAACUACACGAACUUGAAGCAGAUCAAAGCACAAGCCGUAUGGGACGAAGACAUCCAGAAUUGGAGAAUUCCCGAAGUAAUACUGGAAGACACCAAACUCCCUCUCGCAGAUGUCCAAAACAACAAACAGAGCAAUGGAGGCAGCCCGACGGGAAAAACCAAUGGGACUCUGAUGAACGGCUGGUUCGAUGGGUUGACCAACGGUGUCGCGAACAAGAAAGAUGAUUUGAACAAUAACGACAACGAGAGAGUGAACCGAAACAAUUUGUUCAACAAAGAAGCCACCAACAAAGGUCUCGAAGCUCUCACCACUACCGGACAGGGUCUCUUAGGUGCAGCCGUCGUGGCUACCCGCAGUCGAUCUUUGCCGAGCAAGAAACAUGCAUCAGGCACCAUCAGUCCCGAGGGCGGUUUCUUCAUAAGGAAACCAGCAAGACUCGAAUCACUGGGAGUUAAUGGAGAGGAACCCCCGGAGCCGCCUGCGAUGCCCCGCGGAAGACGUCGAUCCCGAACCUAUGAGGAUCUACUCGACGCCUGGCCUGCGGUUUGA